UCUUAACACGGCACCCAAUAAAAUGCAAGCAGGUGUGUAUUUGGACCAAUCAGAGUGCAGUAUGUCAAUGUUGUGUAGAUAAAAUCCUUCAUAUUGUAAACAUAGCAACAAACGUGGUAGUUUUCAGUACAGGCACGUCAAGGAACAAAUUAGUGAAUUCCAGAAUGCUCUACUCGCCGCUAGAUGUCAGGGCACGUAUAUAAACGCAGGUAACUCGCCGGCUGUCAGUGAAUUUAAAUCAAGCAUUCGCAUUAAACGCAUCGCAGAAGCGCUCAGAGAUUUUUACGAACUGCACACUCGUAAAAAUGAAGUCCUUCACAUAUUUCCUAAGUAUCGCGAUCUUGCUUUUCGGCGGAGCAAGAUACUUCGCUUCAGCUGAAGAAAAAUGCCCUCAAUCUCAACCACGGCGGAGCAACAGGCUGUUCGACCAAGCUUUCGGCCUGGCGCUCACACCAGACGACUUCCUAACAUCGAUGCUGUCACCAUGGAGUAUGCACGACUACUUCAGACCUUGGAGACAACUGACUCAGCUGACCAAGGACCUCGGCUCCACCAUCAAGACCGACAAAGACAGGUUCCAAGUAAACUUAGACGUGCAACACUUUUCUCCUGACGAAAUAUCAGUGAAGACUGCUGACGGUUACGUGGUGGUUGAAGCUAAACACGAGGAGAAAGAAGACGAGCAUGGCUACGUGUCUCGCCAGUUUGUGAGGAGAUAUGCCUUGCCUGAAGGUACGAAGUCUGAGGAGGUGAUUUCUGAACUGUCCAGUGAUGGUAUCCUGACGGUUUCUGCUCCUCGUAAAGUGGAACCAGUGAAGGGUGAACGAGUGGUUCCUAUCACUCAGACGGGACCUGUGCGGAGGGAGGCGAAGGAGUCUAGUGAAGCCAAGGAGGAUGUGCAAGGGUCCUGCCAAGCUGACCAGCAAUCCUGCUCCAAGGCCUAAGUGUCUUCGGGGUUUCUCUACAUCUUAAGUGCUAGUCAAGUAACAUCAUGACAUUUUGUUUUUAAGACUGAUAGACGUGUGUUUUUUACUUUAAUAAAUUAUUUGUGAUAAUGUGA